AUGUCGGCCGACAAAUCUACACAGAAGGUCACCUUGACCAGCAACGAGGGAACAAACGUUGAAGUUGAUCGCGCGGUCGCCGAGCGCUCCAUGCUCAUCAAGAACUUGAUCGACGAUUUGGGCGAUGAAGCGAUCAUCGGUGGUGCCAUUCCGAUUCCCAACGUCAACGAUCCGGUACUGCGCAAGGUCAUAGAGUGGUGCGAGCACCACCGGAACGAUGCCGCACAGACGGCAGACGACGAGAACGAUAACCGCAAAAAGACUACUGAUAUCGACGAGUGGGAUCAGAAGUUUAUGCAGGUUGACCAGGAAAUGCUCUUUGAAAUCAUCCUCGCCGCCAACUACCUUGAUAUCAAGGCCCUCCUCGAUGUCGGCUGCAAGACCGUCGCGAACAUGAUCAAGGGCAAGUCGCCAGAGGAGAUCCGCAAGACCUUCAACAUCACGAACGACUUCACGCGCGAGGAGGAGGAGCAAAUUCGCCGUGAGAACGAGUGGGCGGAAGACCGUUAA